CAGGACAGCAGUUUUUAAUACAUUUUUAGAACUGUCUGAUUGAAUCCCUCUUACUCUUAAUGUUUUAGGGCUUCAAAGGAAAAUCAGAUAGAGAUGUACUGAUAUAUAGAAAAAAAAGUUGCAGGAAAAAGUCACAAAUUUGUAUUUGUAUGGAAUUAAUAAUAGGCCUACAUUUAAUGUAAUGUUUUCAGAAAGUAAAAAUCAACAUGCAUUCAACUCAUAUAUUAACGAUAAUGUCAAUAUUUUAGAUUUUGUAAGUAAGUUGUUAGUUGUGUUAGUACAGUUGAAUUUAUAACACAUGUAAAAACAAUGAUUAAUCUUAAUUAAGUAACCUGUGUAGGUUUAUAAUAUAAUUUGAUUGUUUCCAACACUUAAUCAGAUGUUCCAACUACACAGUUUGUUAUUAUCAGGUAGCUGUUUAGCUGUAUGGACAGUUUGGAAAUUACUGAAAAAGCAGCAUAAGCUACAUAAAGACUAUUUUGUUACAAAGAAAGAUGUGAUUAUUGUAGAUACACAAGACCAGUGGGAGGAAGCUUAUUUAAGGCUUAAGAAUGAUUUAAAUUAUUGCAAGGUAGUUGGUCUUGACUGUGAGUGGGUGCGGACAUGUAAAGUAGCUUGUCUUCAGUUGGCUUGUGCCUCUGGCCCAUGUGUAAUCAUUCGAUUAUUUAAGCUCAACCCAUCUUUUCCACAAACAUUGAAAUCACUGCUAGCAGAUAAAAGCAUUUUAAAGAUUGGAGUGGCGGUCACAGAUGACAGUAAAAAACUGUUGUUUGAUUACGGCCUGCAAGUGUCUGGUUGUGUAGAUCUUAGAAAUAUAUUGAACAGAGUAAGAGGUGUUUUUAAUUGUCCUUCACAAGGUCUUGGUGGAUUAGCUAGGUGCAUCUUAGGAGUAGAACUUAGUAAAGAUAAAAAAGUUCGCUGUGGUAAUUGGGAGUCUGAAAUCUAUUCUAGAGAACAGAUUAAUUAUGCAGCUACAGAUGCUGCAGUGGCUGUUGACAUUUUCCUUACACUAAUAAUGACAAAGCUCCAAAUGACAGAAAAGGUUAAGAUUAACACCAACAAUGAGGAGGAGGAGGAUGCAAAUUGUUCAACAUUAGUGACUGAUCUAGAUAGCAGACCUCUGUACAAAGUGAAUCAAUCAUGGGAGAGCACUAUUCAAAAUCCUCAAUUUUGGAAUACUGCUUCUUCCUUGUGCCAGGGACUAGUAGAUAAUUAUACCUCAACAAACAAAUUGAGUUCUAGUAAUAAAAGUUCAGUAGAGAAGAAAGGCACUAAUGCCUACAGCAGUCGCAAAAGACCUUUGUGGGAUAACUGUCGGCUGGAGGCGCCUGAUGGAACUCUUCUCUGCACAUGUGACCUGAAGAAAGCUCAGUGGUAUCUGAAUAAAAAUUUGGGUGAUGAAGUCUGUAGUGACCCUUUAACAGUGCGUCUUCACUUUGAGCCAGCUAAUCGACCACAGUCCAGUGAAAACUAUUAUCUCCAGGAGAAAGAGAAUGUUUGUGCUGUGUGUGGAACAAACAAAGAUUAUGUGCGCAAAUUUGUUGUUCCUUUUGAGUACAGGAAAUAUUUCCCAAGUGGUCUGAAGGAUCACUGCUCACACGAUGUACUCUUGCUGUGCACGCCCUGUCACAGAGUGAGCUGUAACUAUGACUCUGAUUUACGGAAUCAGCUGGCCCAGGAGUGUGACGCCCCAUUAGAGUCAGGACCAACAGCUAAAACUGUUUUAGAUCAUGACCUUCAAAAGGUCAGAUCUGCUGCUAGAGCUUUAAAAAAAAGCAAGGAAACCAUCCCUGAACACAGAGUUAUUGAACUUGAAAAUAUACUGAAAAAAUUUUUUGGUGUUGAAAGUUUAACGGAAGAUCUUUUAAAUCAGGCAGCAGAUAUUAACGACAGAUGCACAGUUGAUGGAUUUGUCCCCCAUGGAAAACGAGUGGUCCAGUUCAUGUCUGAGAAUGGUGGACUUCUACAGUUUCAAUCACGAUGGCGUCAGCAUUUUGUGGACACAAUGAACCCACAGUACCUGCCAUCUCAUUGGUCAGUUGACUACAUUCCAGAGAACUGGAAUCAAACACAGCAGGCAGAUUAGACAUCUGUUUUGAAUGAAUUUCUUUCAAAGCUGUUUACAUUCUAGUUCAUGCAAAAUUAACAGAAUUUUUAGAUAUAAAUAAAUAAUUUGAAGAA